UAGUACUCCAGAUGAGAGAUCCAUAAAAUUUGCAUCCCAAAUUAAUAGCACCGCCCCUUGACCUUCCCUCCUUUCUCUCUCUCCAAAGUACGUUAAACAAAUCAUAUCUGAUAUAUCGUCUGACUCCUCUUUUCAUCCUCUCAACCAAGCUAAGCUAAGCUAAGCUAAGAGAAUUUGAAGUCAUCAGAAUGGCAGCCUGUGGAAGCUUUCACCAAAUCUUCGACAACCCACUUCCAGAAAACCCCUCCUUCAUCGAAUCUCUCUCCUCCUCCUCCUCAUGGACCCAUCUUAGAUCCAUGAGACCCAUUGAUCACCACUCCUCCUUCACGGAGAUCUUCGGCGAAUUGCAUUUCCAAGACAAUUCCCAAUCAUCCACUACCGUCCAUGAUCACCCCAAUCACACCCAGAAACCUAGCUGCGCCAAUCCUGUUAGUACUACUGAAAAUAAAACCCCAGCUGAGUUCAGCAAUGAUGAAGAAAACCAGAAGAGUACCACACCGUCGCUAGUCCACCCGGAUUCUUCUCCAGGCUUUCGGUACAAGAACGGCGAGACCUUUUCGACGUUGUCAUCGUCGAUGAAUCCCGAAAGCCUGCAACUGUGCACCGAGGGUUUGGGCUUCGAAAGCUUCGACGAUAUCGAGGGCUUGUCGAAGGAGACAACUGGCCGGGGCGACCGCAGGAUACGGGAGGAGAAGGCCAGUGGGAUGGAGCAUUCGACGAUGUCGUUGGAGUUGAGGAGGUCAAGGGGGGAGAGGGGAGGAGGGUUCCCACCACCCAUAUCUUGUAUUGGGAAGACAGGGAAGCCUUGGGUUUCUUUCAAGUCGUACAGGCAGGAUGGGAGGUUCGUCCUCAAGGAAAUUAGGGUUCCCACCAGGGAAUUCCUGCAUGCAUGUAGGGAAAAUGGACGUCUGAGGCUGCACUUUGUUCACCCAGAAGAAGAAGAAGAAGAAGAAGAAGAAGAAGAUGAAGAAGAAGAAGAAGAUGGUGCCGAGUUGGAAGAAGGAAAUGAAGAUGAAGGUUGUGAUGAUGAUCAUGAUGAGAAGGAAGAAGACAAGGAUUAAUGUCCGGGUUUAGGAAAAUUCAUCUGUGUCAUUUAUUAGGUUUGGUUGUAAACGUUAUCAAGUUAAUUUCUUGGUAUUAUUUAAUUCUCCUUUUCAUGAUGAUAGGAAUUUUGGGAACAAAGCAUGCAGGUGGGGAAUAAUAGGGAUUUGAUUUCUCUGGUGUAUCUGGAAUUAGUUUUCAGUUCUAUUUUCCUGAGCAAUCCCAUCUUGAGGUUAAUCCAAACAGGGUAACAUCAUCAUUCUUGGUUCAAA